AUGGGGGCCCAUGGUGGGCCCAAUAGAUUGCUUUAUUUUUAUCAAUCUAUAGAAUCUGCCACCAGACACCUGGAAACUGUCCUGCUGGGAGAUGCUCCACUUUCCUAUGGAGAUUGGAAUCUCGAUCGAAUUGCACAAAAUUGGAACAAAUAUACGAGAACUCCAACGAAUGUCACUUUAACCUGCCAAAGAAAUCGCUUCACUUCAUCAUCAACCUUCUUGGCUUGA